AUGGCCACCGGCGACGUCGAAGCCGACUCGCCCCUGCCCGCUCCGGAAGACCUCGAUGACAACGGCUUCCCCACCGCAGCCGCCACCAUCACCAGCAGCUUCGCCGACGACUUCUACCGUAGCGGCAUCGACUGGUCCUCCCUGCAAGCCCCUCCUCAGCACCCGAGGGAGACAGCCUCCGGAAUGGACGCCAAGGGCGGCGGCUCGCUGGUGCAGAGGAGCCUCUUCCAGGCCUGGGGGAUAGAGAAGCCGCCGCGGGAGGAGGCGGCGCCGCUGGUGCAGAGGAGCCUCUUCCAGGCGUGGGGAAUCAAGAAGCCGCCGCCGCCGCGGGAGGAGGCGGCGCAGGGGUUCCGUGAUAGAUCCCGGGUUUCCUCCCCCUCCCCCUCUUCUUCUCGUGCUUUGUCCGGUAAGAAGCGACGGUGGGGAGGGUCGGAGGAGAACGGGGCGCCUGCGGCGAGGAAGCCCAUCGCUUGCCCCUUCUACAAGAAGAUUCCCGGUACGCCAUUCACUGUCGACGCAUUUCGGUAUGGAGCGGUUGAGGGGUGCUCUGCCUAUUUUCUCAGCCAUUUUCAUUAUGAUCAUUACGGUGGCUUAACCAAGAAGUGGUGUCAUGGUCCUAUCUAUUGUACUGCACUCACAGCACGCUUGGUGAAGAUGUUACUGGCAAUCGAUUCUGAGUAUAUUUGUCCCCUGGAGCUUGAUACUGAGUAUGUCAUUGAGGGAGUGACUGUUACCUUGUUGGAGGCCAAUCAUUGCCCUGGUGCAGCUCUAAUUCACUAUCGUCUUAGGGAUGGAAAGACCUACCUCCACACUGGAGAUUUUAGAGCAUCAAAAUCCAUGCAAUUGCACCCACUGCUCCAGACUGGCCGCAUAAAUUUGCUUUACCUGGAUACGACAUAUUGCAAUCCAAAAUACAAGUUCCCACCACAGGAGGAUGUCAUCGAUUUUGUUGUGAGGACAGCUCAAAGAUAUCUAAAGAAGCAACCAAAAACACUCAUUGUUGUCGGGGCAUAUAGCAUUGGGAAAGAGAAUGUCUAUCUAGCAAUUUCUCAAGCUUUAGAGGUACCCAUAUAUACUGAUGCAUCACGAAGGCGAAUUCUUCACUCAUUUGGCUGGCCAAAUUUGUCCAAAAGGAUAAGUUCAUGCAAUCAAAGUUCACUCCAUGUUCUACCCCUUGCAUCAGUGCAGCAUGAGAACUUGAAGAAGUACUUGGAGACUCAUAACCAAAGAUUUCUAUCUGUGCUGGCUUUUCGACCUACAGGUUGGACUUUCUCCGAGGCAGCUGGAAAGGAGCUUGACCUAAUUAAACCAAGCUCUAAGGGUAGCGUUACAAUAUACGGUGUACCUUAUAGCGAGCACUCAAGUUUCACUGAGCUUGGGGACUUUUUGAAGUUUGUGAAACCACAAAAGGUAAUCCCCACUGUUAAUGUUGGCAAUGCGGCGAAUCGAGAUAAAAUGCAAGCAUAUUUCCGGGAAUGGCUGAAGGGAUUGUGAUGGAUGAAGCAUGAUCAGUUUCAAUAAAAGUGCAUGUGGCAUCAUGAUGUUACAUGAAGAGCAGCCAAGUUCUUCUCUAGAGGAUUGCGGCUCUUUUUGCUGAAAAGGGUAUGCUUUAAGAGGUGCCACUUUUCCACACAUUUUGCAAAGGCAUGCAAAGGCAUGCAAAGCCAUGCAAAGCCUUGCGUCUUCAUGUGUUGGUAGAAAGAAAAGUUAUUGACAACCCUACAAAUGGGUGAUCACAACCACACUACAGGUUUGCUUAGCCAGUAGUGGCGCAUGAAGCCCGGCCACCUCUGACCUGGUUCACAAGUACAAACAAGCUUUUGCAUGUAUUGUAUUGAACCGCCCAGUUGAAGAAGGCAGUGUUUUGCUGCUUCCAGAUCCAUCAUGCUGUGAGCAUUAUCAUUGGAGAGGCAUGCGUGUUUACUGAAAGCAGAUUAAAGUUUGUUCUGUUGUUUUCUCAUUUGAGAGGCAGCUCUGUUGUUUCUUGUUCAUUUGCUGCUCGCUGAAAUUGUAAGUUGUAACUGUACAAACUCUACUUAUUAAUUAUUCAACCAAA